GUAGUAGCGGCGCAGCUAAGUGUUGCUGCACAGACGGCCGCGUGAGGAACGAUCAGCUUAGCAACAAUCCCGCAGGAUGGGCGCCGAGAAAGAGAUCGUAAAUGCUGCUGCUCUGGCGAAGGGAGUGGAGAUUCUCGGCGCUGGGCUGACAAGCUUCGAGUCGUCGACCCGACAGAUGAAGGGGAUAUGCGAGGACUUCGAGGGUAGGCUCGGCAAGCUUGAGCGGGAGAUGCUUCCCAUGAAGGAAAUCAGCGCGAAGCUGAGCACGUCGCGACGAAACAUCAUCAGUGCUAUCGAAAAGAUGGAGAGUAUCAACGAGUGCUUCCUGCUGGAGAAGGAGCUGAGGGGCGUCGUGCAGAAGGGCAUGCGCGGCAACGUCGGUGCUGUCGAGUAUCUCGAGGAGAUGCGGCGUAUCGACGACGCCAUCGCGUACUUCCGGAAGUGGCCCAGCCUCAAGUCGCAGAAGGAGGCUAUAAAGGGGCUCGAGGAGCUGUCCAGCAUGGCCGCCAAGGAGUGCAUCGACGAGUUUAACAGGCUCAUGCGCACCGUCGGGCCCGCGGUUCAGUUCCAGACGCAAACCAACACGUUCGAGUCAGUGAACACGUUGAGUGACAACGUGGCCCAGAGCCUCGCGGCCAUUGGGGAGUGCCUCACGCUCCUCAGGCACAGCGGACAGCUUCGGCAGAACUACACCGCCGCGAGAAGGCGAACAGCUUUGGAUAAGUGGGAGUCAAAGUUCGAGAUCACUCCCAAAGGGCAGCAGGCACGAGGAGGGGGACCCUGGCUAAGGUUUUUUGUGGACUUUUCGACGAAGCUCGUGACGGCGGAGAGGCUGCUGUGGGAACGGGCCCUGAAGGCGAGCGACUCGUCGUCUUCCAAGGGGGGGGGCGACGCGGACAAGGACGGCAGGGGGGCAGGGAGUCGGAGCUUGGAGGAGUCGGAGGCAGCGUUCGUCAUGGUCGUCAACCCCGUGAUCGAGAAGCUGGUGAGGGAGGUCGACCGCAAGCUGCAAAGCAGCCUGGCGGAGGUACGAGACAGGAGCGGCAAGAAGGAAGGGGCCGCCGGUGCCGCAACCGGCGGGGGCGGCAGUGGCGGCGGUGCAUCGUCGCAAAUCCGCGCGAGGACACGGCCGGUGUCUUCGACCCAAGCGGCGGUGAAGGACGGCGACAUCCCCGCAGACAUUGUGGUGGCUCUGAUGGAGAUGUCCGACGCGCUCCACAAGGGGUCCUACUCGCUGCAGGACAUUCUGAAGGUCGGUGGUGACGAUUCAGGCUCCAAGGGCGAUGACGGAGGGUAUCAGAGUAGGAGAGGGAGCGUAGUCUACGCAUCACCUGACUCUGCGGCACGAAGAGGGAGGACCAACAAGGCUACCGAUGCCUUAGCGGCUGUGCAGCGGAGACUGAGCAGGGCGUGUCUUCAAACGUUCGCGGACCUGGCGGAAGCGGUCAGCACCGACCCCAAGCUGAGACGGCACGUGCCAGACAACGGUGCGGUGCAUCCCCUGUCCUCCAACGUCCUGAGGGGAAUCAAGCGCAUCAUGCGCUUCCGGAGGGGCUACGAGGAGCUGGUCCAGGGGGCACAGAUGCCGUGGGACCUGGAAUCGGCGCCCGGGGACCGUAGCAGCCGGGGUUCCAAGAACAGCCCCGUGCGGGAGCGGGGAGCAACGAGCGCCUCGAACGUGUGCCCGAGGUUCACGACUCUCGUGAACCACCUCAUCAAGACCCUGUUCGUCAACCUGACCGAGAAGUCCGGGUCCUACCCCACGGCGACCUUGCCCGGAGCGGCCUUGAGAGAGCUAUUCCUUCUCAACAACGCGGAGUACGUCCUCGCAAAUGCCAAGAUGCCUUUUUCGGGACUGGCCUUGAACAGUCCCGGCACAGCCCCUUCGCCAACGCCUGCGGAGGAGUUCCGGUCCAUCUUUGGUGAAGCCCCCUCGGUCAGUGCCGCCGACGGAGCUCGGAGUCCACGGGGUGGGGGAGUCAAGCCGAGGUCUCCGAGGAAAUGGGGCUUUGGAGGUUUCAAGAGCAAGGACGCGGUGAAGAGGGCGGCGGCGGCGCGGUCGCUUGCAGAAGGGCUGGUGGGGCCGGACGCCGGGGAUGACGAGCUGCAGGGCCUUUGCAUCGCCGACUUCAUGACGGAGAGCAUGUCUUCCCUGCUAAAAAGGCUGGUGCAAGAAAAGCAGACGGGCUACAUGGACACCCUCAUGAUGCCUCUCACGGAGGCGGCCAAGGACGAUGUCGGGGAACUCAAGUACCAGCGGGGCAAGCUCCUUACGCUGGAUUGCGGGCGCUUGCUGAAGUCCAAGUUCACCGCCUUCAACGAGAGCUGGGAGGAGGUGUACCACUCGCAGCUGCCCGUGUCCGUGGUGGACCCCAGUCGACGGGUCAAGCUCAAGGAAGAGGCCAAGGCUAGGUGUCUCGUCCCGUACAGAGAGCUCUACUCAAAGUACCACGAUGUGCAGUUUAGCAAGAAGCACCAGGAGCAGUACCUGAAAUACUCGCCGGAUGCCAUCGACCAGGGCAUCAGCCAGCUCUUUUCGGGAUAAGUAUCUCGUGCGUCAUCGGAGAGACGCGCGUUGAGGCCUGAACAAAACAACAGGAGUAUAGUUGAUUUUUCGGAUGGCGAGCAUGGGUAUUGUCGCUAUUGAGCUUGCCCCCGGAGGAGCAUGCAUGUUUUUUUCUCCAGGUGCCUUCGAUGCCGAGAGGUCAGCCAGCUCAUGUUACAGGACUAGAAGCCUGUGUAUGUGCGAAGUUUUAUCAACAGCAGUAGACUCGUUGUGUGAUUUUCUUGUUGGAGAUAUGGGUUUUCGAUGAGCUGAUUCCGCGUGUUUGCUUCUAGAUCGGAGCUGUUUUUAGGGUUUUGAGGCUUUCACGUAAGUUUUUACGAGUACCCUCGUUCGCAAUUCUGGUUCUCAAGCACGGCCGUGCUCGUUGUCAUCGUGUAGGUACGACACAGUGCGUUUUGGAGCAGGGAAUUCGCGUUGUCUUGUUGCCAAGGCAUUGGUCUGAAGCACGAACUUACCCUGCCUUCCGCCAAUUGUUUGUGUUUCACAUCCAUUACUUAAUCGUCAGUGCCGAGCCACUACAGGACACACGGACAGACAGGCGUGGCGGUAAAUGGGAAAACGUUUUUCUGUGUCUGAGGGAUGAGUAGAGGGUACCACCCGGCGGAUAUGGAAGAACAAGGCGUUGUACCUUUUAUUUUUCUCUGUUUUUGUUU